AACUUAAACACACACUUCAUUGACUCAGAUACUCUAAAGGAGUAGACGCACACACACAGUAUUAAGAAAGUAACAUUCUAAUAAUCAUUAGCCACUAGGAAAUAAGACAGCUAGCUUACCACUAAGACAGCACAGACACUAUUCAAACUGAGCUCUACACAUUCUACUUGCUACACAACACGGCGUUCUACUUAAUAUUUACAAGAUAUUUGGAUUUACUGUUUAUAUUUAUAUGUUACUACUGUAUAAAACAUCCAAGAAAAGAUAAUUCAACAAUUUCGGAAGAACAGGAACUAAUCCAAAGCUAAGUACAGAAUGAAGAGAUCUCAGACGUACUUAAGUCUUACCAUCGUCUGCAUGCUGUUUGUGGGAGUUGUCUUCUCAAAACCUCAAGUAUCUGCAACAUUCGUUGAGAAACUGCUGGAACUAACGGCAGAUGAUCAGACAAAGAAAGAUCAGCCUUAUGUUCCAUUAAAAGAGUGGCACCGUGCCAAAGGCGUGUACUCAAGUGGGGUGAAGCUCAACUUUAACGGGGCGCUGGACAUGGCCGAGGCGCGUCGGCUGUUCGACGUCUUUGACAACAACAUGUUCGUGACGUCGUGGGUGACCUCGACCUUGUUGGAGGCGGUUAAGUAUGGUGGCACCCCCGCACCGUCCAAUGAGCAACUAACUUUGUCGAUUCAGGCAUUCUCAAACUACCAUGACAAGAACCAGCAGUAUAACACUUCAACCAUGUCCUUCUGGCCCCUGGUCUUUAAUUCCACUCUGAACUACUGGAGCUGUGCACCGGACAAUUUAGUGGCGACAUUUGACAUCACUGACGAGCUACCCAUGAAUGUGAUAGAGGCUCUGCUGAAAGUCCUAGGCAUGGAGAAUCUAGUGGAUGAAAUUGAAUUCCUCUUAAGGGACAAAGAUAUGUACUUGCGAGCGUUCCACAUUCCUCCAGACUUUGACGACACCUUCAUUAACCUCGGGCUGGGUGCCCUGCUAUUUGAACAGAGAAAACUUCUGCCAGAGGCGUGGUCACUGUGGCAAAGUCAAAACACGAACUUAACUUCAGUCUUUACUGCCCUCAAGAAAUACGCCUACAGACCAUUCUCCAGCGACCCAAAUGUCAAUACCAUUGACCCGAGGACCUACUUUUACAUCCGGAAGUUUCUGGACAAAGCAAAAGCUGAUGGUGGGGACAUAGCAUUGGUCACAACUUGGAUCCAGUCCAUUGAAGAACUUAGGAAGUUGUUCUAUCUGAACGUGGGUAUGCCCUUUCAGCUCAAUAACGUCGACGUCACCGUGGCUGCCAAUACUAUCUACGGAAUUACGUCAUCAAUUCUUUCCGGCCUCGUCAGCCCUGACGUCCUAGCUGACCCAGUUUUAGAGCAAAUCUAUAUCAAUACCAGCUCACUGAUCGCGUUUGUCAUCAAGACGAACUUCACAGGUCGCCCUGACCUUGCCUUGACCUACUACCCGUCCCAGAUCGAAUUCUAUUGGUUUGUUUCAAGAACUGUCUCAGCAUUAGCCACGGCAGCCCAGACUGGUUCUAUACCACUUGUGGUGAUGGAAGCAGUAUACAACAUCCUUAAGAAUGCUACACAGUACGAGAUGACCAAAGCGAUAUUAGCACAAGCCAAAAGUGAACAAUCGGAAAAGGUUUACUUUGACGAUUUCCUUGGCGAUGGUGACGUCACUCACGAUCACAAGCCACUGAUUCGAGGUGAAGAUAGAAUUUUCACCACUGCGAUGGCAGCCAAUGCUUUGAUGAACACUUGGAGUAUCUUUGAUGAAAGCACCGGAAAAUCACACUGGAGGCUGGGUACACCGCAGACAGUUCUGAGAACCAUCAUGGGUUGUAUUACAUGGUUGACUCAACAUACGCUGGAUGGGAACUACGACCCUUGGAACGCUUUCUUCUCUGGCUCUGCCAAGGAUAUGCUUAGCCUGCCCUUCUGGUAUCCAGCUAACAGAUUCGAGUAUCUCAACGGCACUGCCAUUAAAGAUUGGUCCACUAUACCAAACUCGACAUUCCUCUACGGGGUCAGCGGCUACAUCCAGCCCGAUGCCUACAAUGCUAUGCUGACCCAGCCUCAUUUCGGAAUGCCCACGCCCUUGACCUUCCCAGGCUACAACACCAAUUCCUCCAUAUUUCCCUUCUGGUCUUCUGCUCCAUAUACGUACACAACUACAGUGCUCGCGGUGUCCAAAUUUAUGAACAUUGUUGGUUAAAAGUAUUUCUACACAAUGGACUCUUAUAUCUAUUUCUCGUGUUCUCAUUCAAGUCAUAAAAUAUCCAUCUACCUGGAUCACAUAACAUUGAACUAUAUGUCGCGCAUGCUCAACAGGAGUUCUAGUUAGCUACUUCCGUUUCAUCAGGACUACUCAGAGUUCCUAGAGCAAUGCUAUUCAUAUCUAGAUCUCGUACCAAUGGCAGUAAAAGAAAAAACCGAAAUACAAAGUGCUCAUAUUUUAUUUUAGAUGCAUGCUUUUUAACUUAAACUCUUUUUAUGUUGAUUGUCAAUGCUAUAAGUAGACGAAACUUAAUUGUUAUUUACAAACUCCCCACACUGAACCUUUAAGAAGUUAAUAAUUUCUCUUGCUAUUUCUUUCUUAUAAUGCUUUAUUUUUUGCAAAGUUCCUACCGAUGAUAAUUGCACAGUCAGGUUCUUCUAUAAACAGUCUAACUACUGAUAUUUAGGCUACACAACGACGGUACGUAAUAUGUUCGUGUAGGACUAUUUAUUUAUUCAACUUUUGACUGAAUACAAAACGACAUUUCUAUAAAGAUACGUAAGCCACUUUUAUUUUUGUGAUGAUUAUAAUUAGAAAAAUUAUAAAAUCCAAAUUAGAGUUUUUACUGAUUGGCUAAUAAGUUAGUUAUUCUCUCCUAAAGAUUAACAUAAACUUUCAAAUUUCUAGGAAAAUCAUUAGAGACGGUUUUUUUUUAAAUGCCCGUCCAUUUACCGCCUGAUGUGCUUUCGAAAUCAUAAAGAGGUUACAAGCUAAUGUUAGGAAUUGUUGAAAGACGUCCCAAGUCAUUGAGGGUAUAGAAUCUGAACUUCUUUAUUUGUGUCCCCAUUUUUAAAAUCAUUAUAUGCGCAGCUUGUUUGUCGGAGGAAAAAAAUAAGUAAAGGGUUAGCGAGAAUGUAGUGUUAACAAAACCAAUGAUGUUAAUUUAAAAAAAUAUUGUUAACUCUUCUGGUAUAUUUUCAGCCCUUUUGAGGGGUGAGGUAUUGUUUUGAUACUAUAACGGUUUAAGGUGAAGAAUUCUUGACCUUGUUCACGUAUUAUUGAGCAGACAACCCAAGUGGUUACAACCAUCGUCUUUCAUAUAAUUUUUAAAUAUAUAAGAUCAACAUUAGUAUGUCAUAUAACUGUAGCUCUAUCCACUUACAUUGCCUAUCAGAAAACACAUUAAAAAGUGCUGUUUUUUUAUUUUUUCUUGUGGUAAUUUACGCAGCCCUUACAACAGCGGUUCUCAACCUUUUAAUCUCGACGACCCCCUUUUAACAAUCUCACUCUUCGGCGACUCCCAUCCACACAGCAAUAGAAGAAUAGACAAAAACAAUCCAUAUUUUCGAUGUCUUAGGUCCGGGGUCGGCAACCUACGGAUCGCGAGCCACAUGCGGCUCUUUGGAUGUGAAGCUGCGGCUCUUUAGUUCCAUACGCAAAUACUAUUUAUUUUAUCUAAACAUUUUUUAAAGAAGUUCAGAAUUUUUUAACGAAGAUUAGGCGCCGAUUCUAUCUCUCAGCCUCUUGUACUCGCUUUUCACCACACCCCUCCCCCAUUACAUGCGUCGUAACUGUUGUCAGUGCGUCGGAAGCUCUCGGCCGUCGUCGGUCGCUUCUAUGUAGGUUUUAAUUUGCUUUCGACGCAAGAUGGAUUGGUAUCUUAACCACGAGCUUUGACUGGGACGUAUAGUUUGUUGUUUCAAGUAAAUGAGUUGGAAGCGAAUUAUCUUCUCAAAGUUAGAAGCAAUUUACAAGUAUUGCUAAUCUGGCAAGCUUUGCGGUACCAUUAGAAAUAGCACAAAAAGACAAACCAUUUACAGAUGGUAUAUCUAAGACUGCUUCCUACUUGCAUCUGAAGAACUAUUUCGUGAUUUCACAAACAAACCAGAAAUCAUGAAAAAAAAUAAACAAACAAAAAGAUUUGCCAAUAUCCGCUGAAACAGUACAAAAUAGAAGAGCUUAAAUGUCUUCAAAUAUAACUUAUUUGCAGGUGGAAGAUAUUCAACUUUGGUCUGCCGUAUCACUUGCUAUAGAUGAGUCUUGCGACACAAAGACACGGCACAAGUUGCCUUUUUUUGUCAGGUAUAUGUCAUUCCUAGAAUUGCUACCGCUCUCGGGACGAUAGAGCGAAUGCUUUUAAUAAAAUCAUUUAAAUAGCAACUGAUAGAGCCAGAAGUAUGACAUUAAAAAUAUAGGGGCAACAACGAUUUGUCGGAGCAAAAUAAAUCAAGAAAUUCUUAUGUUUAUGCCCAAAACGAUUUCAACCGAAAUAGAUGAGGUCAUGAAUUUGGUAAUCAAGAUUAUUAACAGCAUCUUGUCAAAAGCACUCUACCACUUAAACGAAAUAGAGACUCAGUAAUCCAAUCUCCUUCUUCCCCCAAAAGUGCUAUGACUUUCCAUAGGUAAGGUGAUGAAACGUUUCGCUUUAUGCUUGAAAGAUAUAAAUACAUUUCUAAAUGAUAAAGACAUAUAUCACACCGAAUUAGAGAACGCCAAAAAGUUGCAAAAUUUUAAUUUUAUGAUUGAUAUAACAGCGAAAACUAAAAACAGCGAAAAUUAAAAGAGCUGAAUCUAAAACUGCAAGGAAAGGAAAACCCAACCUAUGUUUUGUUAGAGGAAAUGGUUUGUUUUGAAGAAAAAUUAAUUCUUUUUGCAGAAUAUAGUCAGAGCGGUCAAUUACUUCAUUUUGAAUGACUAAAGCAGUAUCGUGAUAAAAUCAGUGCCACUUUGGACACAAAUUACUUCAGCACAGUUAUAAAAAAAUCAAAGAUGAAUUUCUUGACAGAUUUAAGCAGUUCAAAACCAACAAAACCAUUCUAGCAUUCCGAGUACACCGUAUCAACACAAAUAGUAACGAAAUCCACCUUGAUUCAUUUGUUAUUGAUACUGGAUUACAGAGUUGAAAGCAAGUUGGAAGAGUAGUAGGUACAGAAAUGUAUGUACGUAACGCAACAAAAGUGGACAGCUUUAAAAGGAAUGCCGCGAGUAGAUUCGACGCAUGGAAUAAUCUUCCACAUUGCUACAGUGAGGUGAAGAAGUUGACAUUCGAAGUGAUGACUAUCUUUGGAUCGACAUAUUUGUGCGAGCAAGCGUUCUCUUGCAUGAAUAUAAUUAAAGUAAAGUAAGAAGCCAACUAACAAAUGAAAAUUUAGAGUCGUGUUUGAAACUAAAAAUAACAAGUUAUGAGCCAAAUGUAUCCAAACUUUCUAAAACCAUACAAAGCCAACGCUCUCACUGAAUUUGUUUGCUCGAUUGUUUGUUAGUGAAGUACAAGUAAAUGUUUAAUUUCUUUAGGUGUUACCAAAAUUUAAAAACAUAAUUAUAUAUAUAUAUAUAUAUAUAUAUAUAUAUAUAUAUAUAUAUAUAUAUAUAUAUAUAUAUAUAUAUUAUCUAAUUUGUUGUGGCAAACACUACUUAUAUAUUAAUUCGUUUUUUUUUUAUUAAAAAAAGUUCAUUGUUGGAGUACUAUUUAUAGUUGGCAAGAAAAAAACUUUGUGGCUCUUUAAAAACUUAAAAAUUUUAUAAAUUGUAAUUUUUGGCUCAAGGUUGCCGACCCCUGUCUUAGGUGACCCCUGGCAAAUCGUCAAUCGACCCCUAAAGGGGUCGUGACCCUUAGAUUGAGAACCCCUGCCUUACAAUCAAGCACCAUUCUCCCCUUUAAUAGAUAUUUCUUUUACAUUGAGGGCAUUGAUGGCUAUAUAAAUGGAAUAAUAGGGAAAUAGAAACAUUUUUUUCAACUUAUUCUUUUUAAAAGUUAAUGGUGUUGUUUAUCUGUUUGUUUGGUGUUUUUUUUUUUCAUUGUUUUUUUUUUUCGUUUUUUUUUCGCUCUUCCUUUUUUUAUAUGUUUAGGGCCAGAUUUUUAAAUUCUUCAUACUAAAUAUAUUUUUAAAAAAUUAGAUUAAAAUAUAAAAGUACACACAAUUCCUUCUAGACCUUUGCUAGCUUAUAUUUUCUCCAACUUCUGUUAGAGCAUAUAUAACCUUUAAACUUGUUUUAAAAAUUACUUACUGACUUCGCAUCUAGUUCUACCAAUCUCCUCCAUGUGUUUGCUUUUAAUCUUCCAGCUUUUCUCUUCCCAUGUGGGUUCCUGUCCACGCCUUGUUUCGCAAUGUUUCCUCUUGUUUCUCGCAAUGUAUGCCCCAUCCAACCGCAUUCCAGCAUCGUUUCAUUUCUUGCUCAUUUGGUAUUAGGCUAUAUUCAAAAUGCAAUUACAAUUUUCAUUUCUCCCAGACUUACAAUGUUUUAGCAAUGAGGGUCAAUGUAAGAUUACUGUUUUGUAUGUUGUAAACCAAUCGUGAUUUUUUUUAUUUCAGCGUGUGCAAUAUUUAUUUAUCAAUUUAGAUAAUAAUGAUGUGAAUAUAUUCAUUUAUAUUGUUUUAGAAAAAAAAAAUACAUCUUAAGCAUUAAAAUUGUGGCUUUAAUUCAUUAUUGGAGAUGUUCUCAAUAAAGGUUAUUCCUUGUA